AUGGCUCAAUUGCUGAACAAGCGAUUAAACCACAUUAUGAUUAGCACGAACAACAAAUUGAUCGUUAUCGGAGGUGUAAUACACGACGCCGAGUCAUCCACUUGGCCUGAUGUGAUGUCAGGAGAGGUAUAUGAUUGCGAAGCUAAUCAGUGGACAUAUUUGCUGACAUUGAUGAAGCCUGUCUUCAACUUUGCAUUUUUCACCAUGAACAACUGCCUAUACAUUAUGGGAGAGAAUAAAUCCUCACACAACUGCUCCAUUAAUCCCUUCAUUCAGAAGAUUAACUUGAGCACGUAUUUGGAAAUAAAUAAUACGUCUGGAAAUACUGUCGGCAAUAUUAAUAACGAUGUCAACAAAAUUAAUCACAACAAAGUUAAUCACAACAAUAAAGGCGAUGGCUGUCAAAUUCUCAACUACAACGCUGAAAGAUCGCUCAUUUAUCAUGUUUUCGGUACCAUGAUUUCAUCGAAACAAUUUUUAAAAUGA